AUGGACAAAUAUCGUACAUUGAAACAGAAACAUGCUGUGUUAAAGGAGGCUUAUUUGAGUUUGGAGGAUAAUGUUAAAAUUUUGACUCAAAACUCUGAAGCCCAAUCGAUAGAAUACGAUUCCAAAAUAUCCAAGUUAAAUACAACAUUAAGCGAUAAAGAUGAACAAAUUAAAUCGCUACAGAAUGAGCUCACCAGUUUACAGGAGAAUAAACAGGUUUUAGAACAGAAACUAACACGUUAUAUCCAAAAUGAAGAGUUAAAGACCACAUCUUUUAACGAAUUAAGUACUAAUGUUGGCAGAAGGUCCAUAUAUGACGAUUCAAUUGAUAGCAUGUACGAGAUAUCUUCCCGCACCAAUACGACACAAUGUAUAAAUUUCAACAAGACAUUAAGCAAAUUCUUAGCGCUACUAAAUGAAUCUAUGCAAGAUAAUCAACAUACAGUACCAAUCGAGGGAAACGUUAGAGUAAAGAUUAUGCGGGGAAAAAUGGGAAUUUUGGAUGAUGGAUUAGAUAAUUUGGGCUCACUUUCAGCGUUAAAUCUGGAUUUGUUGAGAUAUAUAGAUAAAAUGAAGUUACAUAUAUGGGACAUUGUAACUAAGCUGCAAGAUAAUAUUUCGCUAGAAUUGACAAGUGAAUUGAUCAAAUCAUUACGCUUGUAUCUAACAAUUGAAGAGUACCUGUUUCCUGAUAUGCAAAAUUUCAACAUUUCAAUCACCGACAAGACGUGCAAGAUUGUCUCUAAAACCACAUCAUUAAUUAAAUCUUUGGCCAAGCUAAAUAAAAUCAUGCACAAUCUCACAAACACACUAUCACUCAUACACCAAAUAAUUAGUGUUUAUGACAUAGAUGACCGGAUAAAAUUAUUUACAUGGAGUAGAUGUGAACAAUUGUUGAAUGAGAUUAAUAGUACAGUCAAAAACAUCGCAGAGUGCGUAUCGCAUAGGAUGUGUCUUCCUAAAAUUUGCAAUGGAAAAUUUUUACCCUUAACUGGGGGUACCGAGACGCUAAUGGAAUUAUAUGAGCUUUUAAGUGGAGUGCCCGAUUUAAAUAUGAAUGUUGCAAUCGUACUAUCAACCAAUGUUACCGAAUUUCAAGUAUCUGCUGAUGAAUUAUUGUGUGAAUGGAUAAGCAAAUUAAAUAAUACGCCACAUUCCAUCAAAGAUCACGCAGUUGAUACAGCAAACACGAGUAUCAAUGAAAAGCUUCGUAUUAAAGAGCUGGAAAUUUCAUUAGCAGAGUGUGAAACACAGGCUUUUAUCGCGAAUUAUCAGAGAAACUCACUCAUAGCAUACUUGAAUAAUAUUAGUGAAAUCGUUAGUGAUUUGGACGGCAGUCACCCCUGCAUUGGGUCCUUUUCAAGUGGAUUUGAUGGAGAGGAAUUAAUCGAUUUAUCCACCGCAAGCAAAAAAUCAGAUUCCGCGUGUCACAAAAUAGAUUACCUAAUUUCGCCCUUAUCUUUGCCCCUAAAUAAUAACAAUUCCAGCGAGCUAGCCGGUUAUGUGACAACACUGGUAAAGGAUGGCAUGGCAUUGGCUGAAGAUAAAGCCAAAAUAACAAAUGAGUUGGCAGAUUUGCGUGCGGAAUUGAGUAAGGAGAGGGAGAGGAGAGAGGCGGCGGAAGAGAGUUGUAGGGCCAGUAUACAUGAACUGACCAGGCAUUUGGGCACCAUGGAAUUAACUAUAAUGGAUUAUGAAAAUAAGUUAUCGCAACUAAGAAAGGGGCAUUAG